GACAAAAUAAACCUCGUUUGACUCGAAUGCGGUUCGGAAAUAGCUUACCGUUUACUUCUACAUGUCCGACAACACAAACAGAAAAUGUCCCCGAAGCAUCUCAUCAUCGUCUGUUGCCACGCCAUCUGGCUUGGAGGUCCCAAUCUGGGAUUUGAUGAAGACGCAUGGCUCCUUGCCUCGUUCCAAAAGAAUGAAACAAAGACGUUCAUCGACCAUAUCCGGACUGGAUUGCAGACCCUGAAGGAUGCGCCGGACUCUGUCUUGGUGUUCUCUGGUGGCCCAACCCGAAAGGAGACCCAGCUCGCAGAAGCAACCAGCUACGCGAAUCUCGCCGCCGCCAACUCGUAUUUCGGCAUCAUCUCGCCCGGAGAAGCAGAAACUCGCAUCUCCUGCGAGAGCAGAGCCCUGGACUCAUACUACAACAUUCUCUUCAGCAUCGUCAAAUUCUGGAAAGACCACGGCAACGUCUGGCCGGAGCGCAUCACUAUUGUGAGCCACUCCUUCAAGAAGGGUCGCUUAGUCGAUUGUCAUUGCGGCGCCAUUGGGUAUCCCCUGGACCGCGUUGGAUUCAUUGGCGUUGAUCCGCCGGGCAUGAUGGAUGGGAGCAACGAAGUUGCUAUGAAGGGUGUUGCUGAGGCAAUAACUCAGUGGACUGAGGAUCCGCAUGGGACUGGGGAGGUCUUGGCUGGGAAACGGAAAGAGAGGAAUCCAUGGGGAGUAUCGCAGGAUUUGUUCUCAAACCAGCAGGAGAUGGUGCGAAGCAAGGUCAAGACAAGGAUACUUGAGAAUAACCAGCAAGUAUUAGAUCCUGAUGCUUCUCAGCCAUGGUCACAAGACGUUGUUUGAUUCUAUGAGCAC